AUGUCUACGUCUGGAGUGAAGCACUUCACUGAUAAAUGCGAAAUUGCGAAGCGAUAUGAGUACGGAAUGAACAUAAAUGAAACAAAACGAAGUAAGCUAAAUCUGCGCAUGACUGUCCCGUACAAAGACAGAAAGAGAACCAUGUUCGCAAAAUCUGCCUUGAGAGGAAUAAAUACUGUUCUUCAAAAUGACCACAGGAGCGUCUGCCAGCCUAUCAGAGGAUCCAUGUCUCUUCGGAGUAGCAUUGAAUCGAAUCGAAAUAAUCAGACAGAUUUUUCCCAAGCUUGGAGGUCUGGACAGAUAGAGAGGCAAGCUCUUCGAAGUUCGAUCAAGAGACCAGCGAUAUACGACGGGAGCUCGCAAUGUCCAGCAAAAUUACAGAAAACACCAAAGCGAAGGGUCUCAGAACACAAGUCCGAGAAUGAAAUCAGACGCAUUAGGCGACGUGCUUGUACCAUAAAGAAGUUGAAGAGUUUAUCCAGACGUUACAAUGGGCCCAAUGGGUAUAUCACACCCCCUACAGAAUUCAAGCUAUAUAUCCAGAAAAUAUGCUCCGAGCAGAAACGCAUGGCUUUCCAAUCAAGCACUCCACUACGUCUAAGAUUACCCGACCUUCGAGAUAUGUAUAUCAGAAAGCUCAACGAGAUAAUCAUCUUUACGGUGCGCAACUGGACAAUCCCAACUGCCAAACCUCGAUUGUUUCUCUCUCGGAAAGGAAUAUUACCUGGUCAUUACGGAGUACAGCGCCAGAAAGCGAGGGACUUUAUCUUGUUUAUCAUACAACAUCGGAUGACUUCAAAGGACGUAUCUUUCCUAACAGAGAUAAUCCUAAAGGCAGAAGACCAGGAUCUCGAAGCCCUAGCCUCGAAGAUCGAAUCAUACGAAGCAUGUAUCGAGAACGAAGAGCGACAUUACCACUCUUGUCCAACAUAUACGCAAGAAGAAAUUGAGCUGCUCAGACCUCAAAUUCGCAAUUUUAAAGAGGCUGAUAUUCGGCAUCGCGCAGUUGAGAAGCGGAAAUGGACGGCUUGGAAUAUUGCAAAGUCCGCGACGAGAGUUGCAGAGGAUGUGACGCGACUUAAAAUCGAUAUCGCUGGUAUGAUUAGAGAGAUAGAGCAUCAAAGUUGUCCUGGAAAACGUCUGUUACCUGAGAAUGCGAGGCCAUUGAGCUCGAUUCCACUCCACUUGCGAGCUAAUAUCAGGAGGAGGAAUGAAGGCGAUCCGGUGAGUGGAUUUGGGGAUAUUAUUCCUCCCAAGAGCUUUUCUUUGCAUAUGCAUGCAAGGAGUAUCGGUCGAAGUAAGCUUUCCCAAGUCAUUACUGCAGCGGAGGAUAACCAUGGAAUGGAGAAUGGGAGGACUUGCAAAUUAUCGAAAGGAACGGCAUCGACAGGCGGGGUAGCAACCGCGAUCAAUUGGAGACCAAUUAUGUGGACUCCGAAGCGUUCAAAUAUGGGAGAAAGAUGGCAAGCGUGGUGGGCAGCAAAUGGAUAACGAUGAUUUCAACGGCUGAGGAGACUCCAUUGACUCGACGAGGAUCUUCAGGGUAACACAAUCAGUUUGACGGUGAAAUGAUAAGAAGACGAACGUAAUGCUAAUAAGAAGAGAAGGCUCAUAAUACGAGCCUGGAAGACAGGCAUACCAAAUAGCAAGAACAAUGGAGUGCGAAGGUAGAGGGAGUCGUAAUGAAAAGUAAGAUAUGCGAGCGAAUGUGCAUGGCCGUUUCCUGUAAUGCUGAAGCUUUGCUCCAAAGGUUCGCUGAAGGCCUAUGGGAGUAUAUUUGACUUGAAGAGUGAUGUACGAAACAUCGAAACAUAACUAGCUCUACAAAGUAUUAAAGAUCUCUAACCAAUGACUGCUAGUAUAUGUAAAAUUCUCUUCGCAAGUCCAAAGAGAGGGUAGCACCAGAUGACUUGC